AUGCCUGCCGCGAGCAUGACCGUCCUGCCCGCCGCGGCGUCCACGGCGACCGUCCGAAAGUCGUCGCUGGCUCCCGAGAAGAAAUACAAGUGCCAGUUCUGCAAUAGAGCUUUCAGCCGGAGUGAACACAGGAGUAGACACGAGAGAUCACACACGAAGGAGCGCCCUUUCAAGUGCAUGAAGUGUAGAAGUACCUUUGUGCGACGCGAUUUGUUGCUUCGACAUGACCGAACUGUCCACGCAAAAGAUGGAGGCAUCCCUCUCCACAGCGACGUCAAGCGACGGGCGGGCCCCAAGGCGAAUGCCAUGUCGGGCCCGUCCAAGUCGGCCAUUGCCAUCGACACCUCGGCCCUCGAGCAGAUCGAGGCGAGCAGCGACGGCAUGGUUGAUCUCGAGACGGCGGCGAUGUUGAUGACCGACCUUCACCACAAAGCCACUGCUGCUAUGCGCAAUGCGGGCGUGGGGCCGUACGAGAAUAGACCUGGAAUGGCUUUCUCGCACAAUGGCACCCCCGUCAUGGAGCCAUCCGUCACCUACCCUUCGGGAGCCAUCUCGCUCCCCCAGGUUCAGUGGGAUUCCAUCAUGCCGCAGUCGGUGGCCGAGCCCAAGUGUCACUCCAUCACGUCGAAUGCUUCCGGGUCGCAGGAGUCGCAGUCGUCUUUCACCAGCGUCAGCACCGCCCAGCCUCGCUCAAACCAGCUCCCCGCAAUCAACAAGUCGGCAUCAACCUACAAUGGACUUGUCCCUGCCCUGCAGUCGAUGAUCAACUCCUUGCCACCCUCAGGAACCGUCACCCCCAGCCAGGGAUCGCCGGGCCAUGCCCGCCGCGGGGAUCACUCAUCCAAGGCGCCUCAAAUCCUGAACGACGAGGAGCGAAAUAUCAUUCUUGAUAACAUCCGCAACUAUGACAGCGAGCGUGCAAUCCCGGAGAGUUUCCGUCUCCCUGGUCUAGCAUCGUUGAAUAGGUAUCUCUCGACCUACUUCAGCAUGUUCCAUCACCACCUGCCAUUCCUGCACCCGUCAUCGUUUAGGUCAACCGAGGCAUCACCACCCCUCUUGCUGGCCAUCCUGUCCAUCGGUGCCUUGUACGCCUUCGACCAAGACCAAGCCUACGCCCUUCACAUCGGCUCCAAGGUGCUUGUCAAUCAGUUCCUACAGAACAAGGAGAACUUCAGCUCGCGUAAAUGCCCUCUUUGGACUAUGCAAAGCUCGUUAUUAAAUAUGGUCUUCUCUAGCUGGAGUGGUGAUCCAAAGGGCUUGGAGUGGGCUUGUUCGAUCAAAAGUCUACUUGCCAACAUGGUUGCCGGUAAUCGUUACGAGCUCAAGCUCCGAACCGAGGCCCGCGAAGGCGCGCCGCCAACUCGAGCUGAGUGGGUGGAAGAUGAGGGCUGCCGACGCACUUAUUAUGCUGUCUACAUCUUCUUUGGUCUCCUGACAUUGACAUACAACCACACGCCUGCGAUCAGCUUCAACGAGUUUGAAGACCUUCAACUCCCUUCAACCGAGGCAAUGUGGAACCUAGACAUUGCUGAUGCCUCCACAUGGGCUGAUCAUCUCAAGGCUUGCGAAGCUCCCUCGUUCAUGGAAGCUCAUGACAACUUGUUCCAGGGUGAGUCAUUACGCUACAGCGCUUUUGCAACGCGUGUCAUGAUCAAUGCCCUCUUCCUCGAAGUGUGGUACCACAAGCGCAGUCCAGAAGCGUUGCAAGAUGUCGUUACGGAAUACAAACUUCGUCUGGCUUUGGAGACGUGGGAGAAAUCUUUGGAUCUCUGUGAGCCUGAAACGGUGGCUGUACCCCUUAGCGCCCCUCACAAAGGCCACCCCUUGAUCUUCAAUGCCAUGGCAAUGUUCCGCAAUGCUCGUGCCCGUCUCGAGGUUGAUCUCAAAUCCAUCCAGGAGGCGUUGAGAUACCAUGACUCUUAUGAGGUUGCUGCCGCCAUGUCCAAUGCGCGUGACAAGGUUAAGCGGUCUAGCGAGAUGCUCAAUGUGAUCCAAGAAUGCUACAACUGCAUCGAAACGGCGGCUUCUCAAGGAAUCCGCUGGGUGGCACGGGUUUCCCCAACCAACUGGAGUAUUGAGCAUCCGCUUUGCGGUUUAGACCUCAUGGUUAUCCUUAGCCUCUGGCUCUAUCGCCUGGAACAUGACGAUGAGCCCGCGACUGAGGAAGAGAUGGCCAUGUACAACAAAAUCCGAAAUCUCUUUGAUGAUGAUUCGGUUGAGGUCUAUGGCAACAAGCUAAGCUCGACAGUGGCUCGCGUCUGGGGCGGUAUGCUCGACCAGGUGGUCGUGUGGGGCGUCACGAAACUCAUGGGCGAGUCCUUCAGCCUCCAUGCUCAAGCUCUCGUUGGCUACGAGGACGACAUCGAAGCUUCCGACGUCUCAACACCCUCGAUGAUCUCGCAGGGUGCUGAUGAAAACGAGGAUAGCGUGUACUAA